AUGCCUCCUCCACCUCCUCCAGUCCAAGUUGAACUGGAUAAUAAUGACAUCAUCAACCUAAUGCAAAAAUUCAUGAAAAUGAAACCACCAACUUUCUUGGGUGGCAUUGAGCCGUUGAAGGCAGAAUCAUGGCUGCUUGAAAUGGAAAAAUUAUUCGAGGUCUUCCCCUACACUGAGAUGCAAAAAGUUCUUUUAGCCACUUACACCUUAAAAGAUAAAGCCCGUAGAUGGUGGCUGUUAAUUCGAGGAAGUAAUGGGAAUAUGAUAUGGAUCCGUUUCAAUGAGAUUUUUUAUGACAAAUACUUUUCCCAAUGCUUCAGAGAUCGGAAAGUGUCCGAGUUCCAAGAACUUAAGCAAGGGAAGAUGUUUGUAGCCGAGUGUGAAGCUAAAUUCACUGAGUUGGCUAGAUUUGCUCCUCAUAUGGUCGACACGGAUUUUAAGAAAGCCCGCAAAUUUGAGGGCAGACUAGAUUUAGAUACUAGAUCGGGUGGGAGUUCUUAA